GGUAGGGAGUUUAGUCGGAUGUCGUGAUUGCAUUUAUGUGAACACCUGCAUUCGUUUUUGAAAUGUCAAAUUUUUGCAACUGCAGGUGGCGACACCAUGCAUCAUUUGUAUCUCGUCCAUCGUAUGUUUUAACAUAUCUUGUAUUAUAAUAGUUAAUUCACAUUUUGUAAGCAUUCGUGUACUUUCGAUUUUAUCCUUGAUUUUCAUCAUCCUCCUCUCGUUUAUAAUAAAAAAAAGUGACAAUGUCAAAGUCAGAAGUUACUUUAGAACAUUUUUACAUUUUUAACAGCACUUAUGCUAAGAAAGAAGGAGAGGAAAAGAAUAAAAUUUUAUAUUAUCAUCCACCAAAAACGGAUAUUGAUUCUCAAAUAAGAAAUAUCGGACUGACUGAAGCAAUAAUUAAAUUUACUGAGUCUUUUAAUCCUGGACAAACAUGUGACUAUUGUCAUACCCAUAAGACUCGACAAAUUUAUUAUCAACCAGAGCCAAAUUUUUGGAUGGUUAUGAUUAUUGGAGUACCAUAUAUUACUAAAGAGAAAGAUGGUAAUGAAUAUAUGGAAUAUCAAAGUGAUGAAGUUCUCAAUAGUACUUGCCAAUCUAUCACUAAGCAGAUGUAUAAUAUUUUUCGAUUAUUUAUGGGAUCAUUCAAUACCAUACUAAAUGAACCUGAUUAUGGAUCUGUCACAUUACUUAGACACAAAUUAGAUCAUUUUUAUUCUAGAUAUUUGUCAUCUCUAAAACUGAAUAACUGUGAUAUUGUGGAUGUUUUUCAAGGACUUCAAUUUUUGCCUUUAGAUAAAGUCACUUUUUUACGUGUUCAAUGUUUCAUGAAUCUUCUUGAAUCUACUUUUCCACAAAUUCAGUAUACAGCUUUUUUGUACAAUGAUCAACUUGUUUGGAGUGGCUUAGAACCAGAAAGUAUGCAAGUUGUUUAUAGUUAUUUAGUCAAUACACUUUUGCCAGACUAUUUAGAAAAAGAAUUAGAAGGAGGAUCAAUGCCUAACCAUUCUAUAUCUCCAUUUACAACCUCACAUUAUGGAAAAUUCAUUACUGGGCCAUCGAGUGUUAAUGAUGUGAAAAAGUUACCUAAAGUAUUCAUUUAUCAUUCGAUAAAACCUACACAAUUAUAUUUAAUAGUUUACCGUACUUUGAGUGCAACAGUAUGUUUAUUUGUAAAUAACAAGAUCAAUUCGUUGUUUUACUCUAGCCUAGAUGCAUUUCUGGGAGUUCAGUUGACUUCAUUAGUCAAUGAAGUAGCAGAAGAGUGCUCUAAACAUGCAAUAAUGGCUACAGAUUCUGGUACCAAAUAUUUAUAUUUCAAUAAAUUAAAUUUAGCUUACAAAAGUACAAUGCAUGGCGACAAUAGGCGCUUUUUAUUUACUAAUGCAACACCGGAGGUUCUAAGAAUCAUUACAGAUAUAAAUUUUGACUCGCAAAGAUUAAAUGAAACCAGUGAAAUAAUUAUAAAAACAAUGAGUGAUUAUUGGAUAGUAGGAAAGUUAUCCAACUUGAGAGAAUUUUAUGUUGUUAUGCAGAAUAAAAAUGCGAAUAUCAUUGAAAUUGAUGAAGAAGUUAAGAGAUUAUGCGAGCAGCACCUGAAGAGUAUCUUCUUUCAUUAAAUUAUAAUAUGCUCAUUUUGUAUCAAAUUAAAACUAUUUCAAUUUUUAUUCAAUAAGUAUAUAAAAGAUAUUAUAAAGUCUCUUGGAAAGAAAAUGUAUGCAGACAAUCAUAUUCUUCAAGAGCUAUGAGACAACUGUAAAUUAUGUUAUAUUACAUACACCAAAA